UUUAACACCGGGCUGCAGCUACGUCUCCAGUCCACCAGGUGGCAGUCGAGGACCUUGCUUGGGAGCUGUCGAAGAGAGACCCAAGGAAGCCUAAAGAAGAAGGAGGAGCGCUGUCAUGGCGGCCAAGGUGGCCCUUGUGGCCGUCCCGACAGUGCUAGGCAUAGCCUCCAUCCGUGUGUACACCGUAAGUGAAGCCCCCACUGAUGGACUCACCUCUCGAGAAAAGCUGAACAUCUACACCCCCCUGCCACAGUCUGCCGUGGCUCAGUUUGUUCCAGAGCAGCCCGGUUUGAUUCAGAGAGGGUUAACUUCAGCCAGAGGGCAUACUACCAUUUGUCCUGGCUGUCAAGGUGUUCAUUUGGUUGCCUGUGUAUCUGUGAAACGGGAACUCGUUAUUCUAUACCACGGAUUCCCAGAUGUGUAUUAUUACUUGAAAGACCCUCCCCGGUUUCUACCCAGAUUUGGCACCAUCACGAUGGCUGGCUUGAUCGGCAUGUUCUUGGCACGGAAAGGAUCUCGUUUCAAGAGGGUAGCUGUUCCGAUGGGUCUGAUGAGGGGAGCUUCAGUGUGCUAUCCGGCCCAAGCUGUGGCUGCGCUAAAGGUGACAAGUAAGAAAGUAUAUUCUGCAGGCCAGUGGAGCGGUGCUGCUGUGUCUUCGCUGCUCACCUCAAAGCCCAAGGAGCCUGUCGCCAAAGAAGUAGCUGCCUCACAACCAGAGGUGUCUCCAGUGCCAAAUCCAGAAUCUGCAGUGGUAAGUGAACCUUCAGAGGCCAGCUCAGACCAGAGCACUUCAGUCCCUGAGAAAGAGGUGGAAUCAGCUGAGUCUGUCCCCGUCUCUGAAGAACCGAUUGUCUCUGUUGUAACAGACGAGGUGUCAUCAGUCACACUCACAGAGAUAUCACCAGACCAGACCACUACACAGGCCAAUACAGAUCCAGCAGAGACCACCAUAACCUCAGAGGAAAUAUCUGCACCCAUUGAUAGCGAUGCCUCCACACCGAGCUUAGGAUCUGAAACAGCAGAGACUGCUCCAGUGGAGUCUGCUCCUGUUGAGUCUGCCCCAACAGAGCCUGCUCAGAUUGAAGCUGCUCCAGUUGAAACUGUUCCGGUUGAGUCUGCCCCAGUCGAAUCUGCUCCUGUAGAAUCUGCUCCCAUCGAGUCUGCCCCAGCAGAGCCUGCUCAGGUUGAAUCUGCCCUCGUCGAGUCUGCCCCAGCAGAGUCUGCUCCAGCUGAGUCAUCUCCCUUUGAGUCUGCUCCUGUAGAAUCAGCUCCUGUCGAGUCUGCCCCUGCAGAGCCUGCUCAGGUUGAAUCUGCCCCUGUGGAGUCUGUUUCAGUGGAGUCUGUUCCAGUGGAGUCUGUUCCAGUGGAGUCUGUUCCAGUGGAGUCUGUUCCAGUGGAGUCUGUCCCAGCAGAGCCUGCUCAGGUUGAAGUAGCUCUAGUUGAGUCUGCUCCAGUUGAGUCUUCUCCAGUGGAGGCUGCUCCAAUUGACUCUGUUCCUUCCUCUGAAGGACUACCUGCUCCAGAGGCCUCAGGUGAACCAUUAGUGCCCAUUGUUGAAUCAUCUGAACCCACAGCAGCUGCUGUAGAGGAGACACCGACUCAGACACUAACACCACCCGCUCCUCUGCAGCCUGACGCAGAAAACAAACAAGGGGGCUCUGGUUUCAAGCCUGACCCUGCUCUGAUGGACUUUGGUCAGUCUAGCCCAGAGGAUGAAGACCUGUACAGCACACGCAGCUGAAAUACCACAACCAACCUCAGCACAAAUCUCAUUCCCACACUGCUGUCUCGUAACUCAUUCAGAUAACACUUUGUACCACAAUGCAGAAUAAAUAAAUAGGACUUUUUUUUUUACUGUGGCAGCAAGCAGGUUAAGGAAGUCUCCUUAACAUUUCUGUUCUCAUUUUUUCAGCCCACAUCAUUCAUAUUUCAGAAAUGCUUCAACUGCAUUUGCCUCAAUUAAGUAAUGAAAAAAGUAUUGAAAAAUUCCACAGAACUGAGUCGGCUUGCAAAGCCGGACAGAAACUUGGAAAAACAACCUCCCACAACAAGCCUUUCAAAUCACAGAUGGCAGAUUCACUCUCUGUAUUUGUCAUUUUACAAUUACUGGAAACUACUAGAGCCUUCAGUCAUGAGUGCAUGGUGCUUUUAUUUAUUGUAAUUGAGCCCGCUGCAUUGUUAAGUUAAUCAUACUGCAUAUGUGCUGGUAAUGAUUACAAGAUGGACCAGUGCUGCUCCAUGUUGUUUCAUCAGAAAUGUUCCUCAGUUGUUUAAAACCAAAAAUAAAUUUAUAUUUUUCACGAUUUGA